AUGUCCUCAAUGCUAGAGGUCCGCGGCGACCGUCGGUCCAGAUCGAAAUCUCCCAGUGGCCGCGACGGAGACCGAUCGAGAUCGCGCUCACACGACGCCCGGGAGUCCUACGAUAUCAGAGAAUCUCGGCGCCAGAGUAAGAAUUACUCAUAUCCCGAAACGGAGUCAGAGGAUGAUCGCAGAUACAAGGAAAAGAAGUCGAGCAAGAAAUACUACGAAUCUGAUGAGGAGGACGACCGACGCAGGGGGGCUAGGCCUUCGAAGUAUGCAGAUGACAGCGAUAAGGGUGAUAGACAUGGGUCAUCGAGGUUGGAGCCCCAGUCUCGUAGACGAGAUGUGUCGGUUUCGGACGACAACAGCAGCAGAUAUGACAGGUCCAAGAAGAAGUCGGACAGCGACUCCGACCGGCACAGACACAAGCCCAGCAGAACCCGUUACGCACAUUCUGGAGACAGUGCGUCAGACGAUGAUGACCGCCAUAUACCCCAGACUGGACGGAGUUCGUAUGGGCAUGCAGAUACGCGACCUCAAGACUCUCGUCACAGCAGCUAUGUUGGUCCGGAUCCUCGAUAUGCACCACCUUCAGCAGCCGUGGCAGGAACAAGAUAUGCCGAACUGGACCAAUACAAGUACGCAGAGGUAGGCAAGGAAGCUUCGUACAAAUACAAGGAGAGCUCCAAAGCCGUUCCUGCCCAGUAUGCCGAACGAAAACCGGAGUACGACCGUUCGAGGCCGUCCAAGGACAAAGAGUACCACCGAGACAGCUUUGACAGGCGUGAACUCAAAGACAAACGAUAUCACGAAGAUAAAUAUGAGACACGAGAACCCAAGGGAAAGAAAUACUAUGAUGACACCUACGAUGCGCGAGACAAGAAAUACCGCGAGGACAAAUAUGGCUCUUCGCCGGAGGACGUGACCAAGAGAAUGUCUGCUCUAGCUGUCGGCGGAGCCACUCUAGGAGCUGCUACGUUAGGAGUUGCCAGGCACAAUUCCCACAAUGGCGGGAGGCCACCCGCGUCGCCUCUGCUGGAAGCUUAUAAGGGAACAUACCAAUCCAUCUCGCCUAUGCCCUCGCCAUUAGCCCUGGCGAAGCAGCACAGGGAUGAUUCCGAACUAUCUGAUCUAGACCUAGAGUUGGACCAAGACGACUCCGACUCCGACUCCGACGAUGCACACGCUGACCUCAAGCGCAAGAUCCGCCAGCUGGAGAGGGAAAAGCAGAAGAUCAGCACAGAUCCCAAACGAAGCAGCAACCGUGACGGCAGCAGCUCACAUGAAGUCCGACCACGCGGCAUGUCCAAUCUCGAAGCCACGACGACGAGCUACGAAAUCCGCGAGCCAGGCGGUAGACGAGACCGGGCCAACUCCAACGUGAGCAUCAUGUCCACCGGCGGGAACGGGGAAAGGAAGAAUAAGAAGGUGGUAUCCUUCUACGACCCGACCGAAGACGCACAGCGGAUCGCAGCCGCGCUAUCCGGCACGCGGCACGCCGCCGACCCGCGGCCCUUGAUCCAGAUCCUGCCCUAUCUGUCGACGGACGACCUCCUCGCGCUGCGGGCGGAAUACAAGAACCACGCCAAAGUGAGCGGCCAGGGGAUCAACAUGGCCAAACACAUCAAGAUGCGUGUUCCCGGGAAUCUCGGCAAAGCCGCGUACGCGACGGCCCUGGGCCGCUGGGAAAGCGAAGCGUACUGGGCCAAUUCAUGGUACCAAGGCGGGGCGUCGCGGCGGGAGCUGCUGAUCGAGAGUCUGAUGGGCCGCAGCAACAGCGACAUCCGCGAGAUCAAGAACUGCUUCAAAGACAAGAAAUACAGCGACGACCUGGACAAAUGCAUCCGCACCGAACUCCGGGCCGACAAAUUCCGCAUGGCUAUCCUGCUGGCGCUCGAGGAGCGCCGCAUGCCGGAGUCUUCGGCCCUCGACAUCAGACUGGUCCGCGACGACGUGCACGAGCUGGCGGCCGCGCUGGAUUCGCCGGGCGGCGAGACCGAUAUGAUCAAGAUCAUCGUGCUGCGUAGCGACGCCCACCUGCGCGAGGUCUUGAGGCUGUUUGAACGCACCUACCGCGUCAACUUUGCUCGGCAGAUGAUUGUCAAGUCGCGGAACUUGGUCGGCGAGACCCUUGCGCAUAUCCUCAAUGGCGCGCUCAAUCGGCCCAUGCGUGACGCUCUGUUGCUGCAUCAGGCUAUUAGCGAGACCGCGCCGGGCAAGGAGCGCACCGAGUUGUUGAUCUCGCGCUUGGUCCGCAUGCAUUGGGAGCCAAGGCAUCUUGAGAAGGUCAAGGCCGUCUUCGGCGAUCGCUAUGGUCGGACCGUCGAGGAUGCCGUCAUGCGCGAUGUCUGGACCCAGAUGAAGACGCCUGAGGGACGCUUGUGUGCUGAGUUUUGUGUUGCUUUGGUCCAGAGCAGUAGCGGGAGCGGGAGCGGCAACGAGUUGGCUGAUCGGCCAAGGUGA